GGAAACAAGGUCAGACUCUUCUCUUCCACCUGAAUCAGGGCCCCCUCAUUGGGUGGAACGUGGUCAUGGAUUUUGGGGGCAGAAUUGAGGUCUGUAGGGAAUUAAAAGCUGGAAAUGCUGUGGGAAGGGGAGGAAAUAUUGAAAUGAGUGUCCUGCUGAAGGAAUCCAGCAGCUCAGUGAUAUCAACUGACAUCUGGGAGUCCAGCUCAGAUCCAUCCCAAAGCCAUUUGUUCUCUGAUAUCUCCAUGGGGAAUUCCUUUCUUCUCCAAUUGUUUUCCUGCUCCAGCUCUGUCCUGUCCACAUCCAGGAAGGAGGUAUCUCCCUGGCUUUUGUGCCAGGCACACCAGACCUGGCUCCCACAUCCUACUUGCCAUCUGUCCUGUCCCUCACCCCUGCCAGUGCUGCUCCACAUGGAAGCUGUGGGUAGGAAAAGAUGGGAAAAGCCACGUUUGCGGGACAGCAGCGUUGCUCAGGUGUCUCUGUUUGUCACCCCUCCAUCUGUGUGAGGGGAGGAGAAGCAGCAGAGGUGUCACCAUGAGCACUUUGUCCCCUGCCACAGAGGGAGCCAGCCCUGCCUGCUGGAGCCAGCCCGGUGGGAAGGCAUCCAAGGGGAGCUGGGAUGAGGAGAGCCACGACAACUGGAGCCAGUGUGCCAGCAGGCAGUGGAGCAAAGUGCCUGUCACGCUGCUGCUGCUGCUGUGCCUGUGUGGGAUGGUGGGAAUGGGGCUGUGCUCUGGCUCCUGAGCUUCUGCAUCCAGGAACCCCAUCUGCCCCUGUGUGCUCAGCCUGGCCAUGGCUGGCUUCACCUUCCUGCUCUCCAUCACCAUUGCCCUGGGGAUAUUUUCUGUCCCUGAGAGCUUCUGCCACCAGCUGGGCUCAUGGGAUGUGACAGCUGGGCUGAAGGUCCCCAUCCUCUUGGCUUUCACUGCCACUGUCUCCUGUCUGACAGCCCUCAGUGCUGUCACAGCUCUGUUUGUCCUGCCCGUGUCCUGCUGGCCCUGCAACUGCUCCCAGUGCUUCCUGGUGCUCCUGUGUGCCCUGCUCUGGCUGCUCUCCUUCCUGCUCACUGUCACCCUCCAUUUCUGCCCUUUGGUGCCCAUGGCCUUGGUCCUGAGCUGCCUCUUCUCAGUGCUCACCCUGGCCUGCUUUGCUCUGGCCCUGCUGGCCAGGCUCCUGUGCUGCUCAUGGGAACAGCUCCCAGGGAAGCUCUGUGCCCUGCUCCUGCCGCUCGUCAUCUCCUUCCCCUUUUUCACUGCUGAUUUUGGGCACUGUCUAUUGCUGAGUGUGUUUGACUUUUCUCUCUUUGCCCCCAGCACCUCUCUCCUGCUCGCCUGUGCCAAGAGCAGUGCCCACCCUCUGAUUUACUUCCUGGCUGGGAGCUGUGCAAAGGAAUUUACCCCUUCUGUUAGUGUUGCAUUCCAGAGGUCUUUUGAGGAUAUCUUCAGAGCAACGGAAUAGGGACAACACAGUGGAACCAUCAUCAGGUGGAAUCAUCGUGAAAUAGACUCAUCACAAUAUAGAACAAUAAAAUAUCCAGUGUUGGAAGUGAUCUACAAUGAUCAGGGAGUUGAGCUCCUGGCCCUGCACAGGUCAUCCCAAGAAUCCUAGCCUGUGCCUGAGAGGAGCAUUUUCAAAAUGCUUCUUGAGCUCUAUCAGGCUGGUGCUGUGUGCAGCAGGGGAACUCCUGCCUAGGGCAGUAGUGGGUGACACGUGGAAUCAUCAUUGAAUGGUUUGGGUUUUGUCCUGCUUUAGGAAAAUUUGGGAGGAAGACUCUCAAUGGGCUUCCUCUAGAAAAGAAAUUCAAGCAGCCGCCUGCACAGCUGGUACAGGGAAAGAUUUCUUUAGAGCAAAGUGGAAAAAGCUGUUCAUUUAACAAGGACAGUAUACACAAGCAUAAAAAAUGAAAACAAUACUAGACAUUAAAAUUUCUUGCUGUUCUGAAGAGUUGGCAAAUGCAGAAAGUCCUUGUUGGGGAGUGUAGUUGGGCUCACUCAGUCUCUGAUCAGUCCCUCCAGUGCUGGAAAAUGCCGUGUCCCAGGCCCUGGUGGGCCACAGGUGUGAGCUCCUGGUGCUCUUCUGGGUUUUCAGUCCAGAGCAGGUUUGAAUAGCUCAAAAAAAAAAAAAAAAAAAAAAGAAAACCCCAGUGCAGGGAACUUCUCUGCCUCAGCUGGCUAAAAAAUCCUAAAAGCAAAGGAGAGCUCUCUGUGUCAUGCCUGUGCUGCAGACAGCACGGUCUGGGAGCAGGAAUGUGGAGGAGUGAGCGCAGCUUCUGCAAACAAACUGCUGCAUCUUCUCUCCCCCUCUUUGCUCAAGAACCAGUCUUAAAUGUGCAAAACCUAUUUCUGGGCUAAACAGAUGAAUGGGGAUACAAUUCAGCAUCAUAAAGUCACCCAGGACAGGUUGGAAGGAACAGUAGAGAUCAUCUCAUUCCAUCUCUCCUUCUGCCAUGGGCAGGGACAGCCAGGAAAUCUUUUGCUUUGAAGUCUUGCUCUUUUGAAGGGAAGCUCAAGUAGGGAGUGGCCUGGGUGACCCAGGAGACAAGGAAGGUGAUGGGAAGCACAAAAAUCUCAUGGAAAAAAAAAUUGUACUUCUGCACUUGCCUUGGGAGGGAUGCCCGGGCUGAGUUAUUCUUCCCUGGACAAGAGGUUCUACCUUGGAAAGUUCCUGCUGUCCAAUGGGCAGGAAAACAGAGGACACACAGAGAAAAACUUUCUCAGAUGUCAAAGUCUCUCUCGUCUGUUAAUUAUUAACAACUCGGUGAAUAAAUGCUCUCUAGGUGUUUAACCUCACUUGUGUCUCCAAAGCCUGACUCAGCACCCACGGCUUUCACUCUCACUUCCCUUUCCAGAAGCAGUGGCACGUUGCUUUCCCCUGGAUUUAAGGCAGUGGGAAAAGGAGGGACAACUUCCCCCUGAGCAAGAGAUGUGGCUGCUGCCCAGGUCUCUCCCAGGAGGAAUGAGGAGCUCUUGGCACUGCCAACAUCAUCCCAACCAUUGCAGGCACGUGCCUUAGGAAGGGCUCUGGUAUGAGACAGGUACCUGCCCUGCUCAGAGACCAGCCAGAGGCUUUAGGAUGGGAUAAAAGAAGGAAAUGAGCCAUUUUGGACACUGUUUAACAGGGACAGGCUCUGCAGUGAAGCCUGGAUGUUGUUCAUUCAACAAAUUCAGAGGCUGGAACCACCACAGUUGAAAGAAAUCAAAACCAUGAAUCCAAAUCUGACUGAGGGGUGGUUACAGAAUGACAAAGAUCAGGACAGGCUGGGCUGGGGCAGAAGCUGCUGUGCAGAGUGGCUGUGCAGCUCCUGCUGAGGGUGGCCAGGUUCAGGAUGGAGGGGGUCAAGGGAUUCCUUGGGCAUUGAUGCUGGGGAACCAGAGGAUGGAGGGGCCCAUUCUGCAGAAGAGCAGCACAACCCCCUGAUCUCUGUGCAAUUAAAUUCUUCAAGCAUCUGGUGAUGGGAAUUUCCAUGUUUAAAGCUAUUUUUGGUCACCUGCACAAAGCUUUAGUGGAGUUCACCUUUGAUCCUGCUCUUUGAUAUUCAGGAGGAUUUCAUUCUGGAAUUCAAGAAUGUGACAAAUUCCCGCUGAACGGACAAUGGAAUGUUGCUGUUCCCUCCCCAGCUCUGCAGCCCUACCUGGUGUCCCUUCCCAUCAGCUGGGAAUGGAGGGCUGGCUCUGCUGGACAGAAGGGAAGCAUGCUCCAUGUGAUCCCAACCCCUCUCCUGCCAUCGAGAGGCACUAGCCCCACAGGGAUUUGGGAAAUCACUGCCACCCCGUGCUGGGUGUGACCCCAGGGAUUAAGGUGUCCCAUUCUUUGCAGGCAAGAGCUCCCUGAAAACACCAUGAAACUCAUCUGCUGAGCCAAAGGAGAUGGAGUUCAUU